GCUGCUGAGCUGCAGAUCUUCAGUCUGAACAGAGAGACCGAGCAUCACUGCAGGGAACAGACUCUACCUCACCACAGUGUCUUCGACAGAGAACAGCAACAGCAGCAUAAUGACUCUAGCAGCAUACAGGGAGAAGAUGCGAGAGCUCCCCCUGGUGUCUCUCUUCUGCUCCUGCAUCCUUCCCCAACCAAGGGACACCCCAGCUGACAAGAAUGAAGCAGGUGUGGUGGACUUGAACCUGUGCAACAUCCGGGACAUGGAGGUGAUUGAGCUGAACAAGCGAGCGAGUGGCCAGGCCUUCGAGGUCAUCCUGAAGCCGCCUACCUUUGACGGGGGCCCUGAGCUGAGGGCGACCACACCGCCUCGCCAGAAACCCUCACUGGAGGAGAUCCAGAAGAAAUUGGAUGCUGCCCAGGAGAGGAGGAAGUGUCAGGAGGCGGAGCUACUGAAGCACCUGGCUGAGAGGAGGGAGCACGAGCGUGAAGUUGCUCAGAAAGCUCUGACCAAAGAGCGUCAGGAACAUCGCGCUGACGCCGUCAAGGAGCAGCUGCAGAUGCAUCUGAACGCCUCACAGGAGCGACUGCAGGAGGAGGACAAGCACAGUGUGGAGGUGUCUUGAUGGCCUGAUCACAACACAAGCUGAACUUUACUUGGAAGCCAUUUUGGAGGGCUGAUGAGCUGAGGAUUGGUGUGCCGGCAACCUGGCACUGCUCCAAAUGGGAGACUAACAGGAUGAGACUCUGAAAAGAGUGAGAGAAGAAGAAAAAGAGGAGGAGGACUAAAGGCGAGUCCGACCGCUCGACCUCCUCUGUACAACCAGGACUCUUCCUAAUGAGAUAAACUCUUUAUAACAAGAAAAAACGUCUGAAGGACACUGCAUAUUCAGUCAUCAUUAGAUGGUUCACAGGGGUUUUACUGUGCUUUGUUGCCAUGCCAACAGUGCCAAUGUGUUCAUGUUUGUGUGACUGUGUAUGUAUCAAGGAUUCAAAGUCUUCUGAUAAGUGUGAAAAGUCCAACUCAAACAAACCUGAAAUCAUCCUAACAGAAGCUGGGCCUUAACCAGAAGGAAAUAUCACUACAAAGGAACUGAGUCCAGAAAAAGAAGCAGCUGGACUGCAGUAGUGGCACUUGGAGUCUUCUGCUUCUAUGUCAAAAUGAUUUGUCACAAAAAGAUACAAGCUGAACUGCCUCUACCUGCUGGAAGGGUUGAUGAUGUUGAAGUCUCUGCUACCUGGAUAUGCUACUGAUCAGAGUUAAAGAGCUCCAUCUGCUGGACUGUUUAGAUCACUGCUUUUACUGUAAAACAGUGUGACAACAAGAAAGGUUUGAUCAGUUACAUGUGGCUCUUUAGAGACAUGUUGUGGCAGGUGUAGGAAAGCAUACUAAGUCAACACCGCGUCCCAACGCAGGUCAAGCCCAAACUAUGACCAAAACCAGGAGAGGUAAAAAGACGUCAACUGGACUUCAGAUAAAAAGAACAAAGACUGUUAUAGGUGAGAUUAGUGUCUGAGACUGAGAGUCCAAGUCAAAAUGCCGAUAAGACAGAGAUGAGUCAAAACACCCAGGAGACCAUGAAGUCCGAAUGAAACCCCCCGCCAAAACAAGAGAAGGUGAGGUGGAAACUUUCACCGAGACAAGCCAGAGCCGGAGCCAGAACGCCAAUUAGAGUCUGACAAGUCUGGUUGAAAGAACGUCCACAAAACCAAAACAGGUCCAAGUGAAUACACUCAAGAGACUGAGAUGAGUCCAAGUCAAUCCAUCCCUGACACAGAGAGUGCCAAUUAGAACAUAGAAAAUACAGACACAAGUUCAAAAUCAAACACUCACCAAACUAAGAAGAGUUCGAGUCAAAAUGCAUGUUGGAUUGAGACGAGUAAAGAAAAAAAUCUGUGCUCUAAAAUUAGCAUUCUAGCAUUUAUGCUACCAUUUAAAGCUACACUCCUGUUAUUUGUUGCUGUGUAAACUGGAAUGAAAAGACAACUGGCACAAUGAGAAUCUUGCUGAAUUUUGAUGCUCGUGAACAAUAUUUUACAUUGACCACAAACAGCUAGGUAGCUCAUGUGGCUUACAUUAGCCAUAAUACAGGAUACUUCCCCCUGCUCUACAAUCAUUAUACCAACCCCCUGCUAAUACGGAUGUGUGAAUUUUACUGGUGAAUAACUGAUAAUCGAUUGUGUACAGUGUUUACAGCUGCAGUGGUGUGUUUGCUUGUGCGUGUUUCCCUGGCAACGGCAAUGUAAAGGAGUCAGGGUGAGAUGAUGAUGAUGAUGAUGAUGAUGAUGACGACAAUGUACAGAAAUCACAUUAUAUUUUAAAUUCAAGAAUAAAACAAAGACACUU